CCUCGGUUGUGACGCUUUUCGGUUGGGACACUAUGGUGCCUCACUAUUGGCUUCCUUCACUGGAGAAUUGAUUGAGAGAAACAAUGUCUCGCCUGUUCCACAGACGCGGAUUGAGGUAGCUGUCAGGCCUCGUCCAAAGCAUAAGACCUCUCAUCAUCCCUCUUAUGCCACGUCUAUCAUAGCGUCGUGUCACCACCAAGGAAGCGACCUGUGACAUUCUAUUCUUCUCUUGAGAACCUCUUUUACCUUCUAUGACUUGUAGUUGCCGUCGUUUACAUAACUCUUCCUGGGCCUAAUCAUCGUCAUGACAACCGCCGAUACUACGAAUGGUAAGAUGGAUAUAGACCAACUGGAGAUGGCCCGCAACGAAAGCGCUAUGCCAAACUCUAAGUCUGACGAGGGUCUGACGCCCUACUUUGACCCUGUACUUGACAAGAAAACAUUGUUUAGGCUGGAUAUUCUGCUGGUUCCUCUUGUGGCUUCGAUGUAUUUAUUGGCGUUUCUAGAUCGGGCAAAUAUUGGAAACGCUCGUGUUGCUGGCCUCCAGAAGGACCUUGGAAUCUCCGAUACCCAAUAUCAAAUUGCAAUCACCGUUACCUACGUGCCAUAUAUUGCGGCUGAGUUACCGUCGAAUCUCAUCCUCAAGAAGAUCGGACCCCGGAUAAUGCUUCCAGGGAUGGUGCUGGCAUGGGGCAUUGUGACAACCCUUCAGUCCCAGAUAAAGACAUACUCAGGCCUUCUUGCAUGUCGCUUCUUUCUUGGUCUCUGCGAAGGUGGCCUAUUCCCGGGCAUUGUCCUGUAUCUAUCUGGCUUCUACCGGCCUCAUGAACUGCAAGUCAGGAUUGCCCUUUUUUUCUCCGCCGCCGCUCUCUCUGGCGCCUUCUCUGGUCUCCUUGCCGCCGGCAUUCAGCAAAUGAAUGGAAUUGGCAACAUGCACGGAUGGCAGUGGAUUUUUCUCCUGGAAGGGCUCUUUACCGUCUGUUUCGCAUCCCUAUGUUUCUGGGCCAUGCCAAAUAAUCCACAAGGUGUGAAGACUUUUACGAAGGCACACGCCGACCACUGCGACUACCGACUUACUCUCGAUGCGAACUCUGUCGAGGGGGCCAAAUUAUCGUGGAAAUCUUUACUCUCUACUUUCAAAGACCUCCAUGUGUGGAUAAACGUGAUCGCCCUCUUCUGCAAUGGUUGCAGUCUCUUUGGCCUGGCAUACUUCACGCCUACCAUCGUUCAGACACUCAAUUUCAACGCAACCCAUACGCAGCUUCUCACCGUACCUCCUUUCGUCUUAGCUUUCAUCGUCACGAUGAUCUCGGCUUAUACGGCAGAUCACUACAAGCAGCGAGGCCUAACUGCGAUAGCCACCACACUAGUCGCUAUUGUCGGCUUUUCGCUCUUCCUAACCGCCAAAGGUUUUGGACAGAAGUAUACGGCACUGUGCUUCUUGAUUAUUGGCGUAUAUUCCUCUGCACCAUCUAUGAUAUCCUGGAUCCCCAACAACUCAGCCUCCCAUACGCGACGCGCCACGGCAGUCGCUCUUGGCUUCAUCAUGACCAACGCGGGCGGCAUUCUCAGCACAUGGAUAUAUCCUAAGAAAGACGCUCCACAAUACGCGUUUGCAGCAAAGCUCAACCUGUCUUUCUGCGUAGUGACGGUAGCAUUGCUAGCAGCGAACCUGGUUUGGCUUAAAUCUCUGAACCGGAAGAAGGUGAGCCACAGGGAGCACUUACUGAGGGAUGUUGCACACCUGUCAUUGGAAGAACAAAGGGAGGCGUUGGGCGAUCAUCAUCCUGAUUACAAGUAUACUUUAUAAGCGGAAUGGUAGAUGGCAG